CCGGCGGCGGCGCGGCGACUGCUGGGGCUGCGGGGCUGCCGGGCGGCUGGCCGCGGAGGCCGUGCGGGCCAGGCCGGGCCCGCCACCGACAUGCUCACGUUCUUCCUCGUCUCGGGGGGCUCCCUCUGGCUGAUCACGGAGUGCCUCUGCACAGACACACCCUGACGUUCGACGAUCCGUGACAGCUGCCAGGCUCUGCAGCUUGCAGGCAUCUGCCAGAAGCAGAGUUAAUCCUCUCACUUCUGGAGAAGAUGCAGACACAGGAGAUCCUAAAGAUACUGCGGCUGCCAGAGCUGGCUGACCUGGGCCAGUUUUUCCGCAGCUUCUCAGCCACCACUCUCGUGAGUGUGGGUGCACUGGCAGCCCUCCUCGCCUACUGGUUCACUCACCGGCCCAAGGCCUUGCAGCCACCAUGCGACCUCCUGAUGCAGUCAGAGGAAGUGGAGGACAGUGGUGGGGCCCGGAGAUCUGUGAUUGGGGAUGGCCCACAGCUUCUGACCCACUACUAUGACGAUGCCCGAACUAUGUACCAGGUGUUCUGUCGUGGGCUUCGCAUCUCAGGGAACGGCCCCUGUCUCGGCUUCAGGAAGCCCAAGCAGCCUUACCAGUGGCUGUCCUACCAGGAGGUGGCUGACAGGGCUGAAUUUCUGGGGUCUGGACUUCUCCAGCACAACUGUAAAGCAAGCACAGAUCAGUUUAUUGGUGUUUUUGCACAAAAUCGGCCAGAGUGGAUCAUCUCGGAGCUGGCCUGCUACACAUAUUCCAUGGUGGUGGUCCCGCUCUAUGACACCCUGGGCCCUGGGGCCAUCCGCUACAUCAUCAAUACAGCGGACAUCAGCACUGUGAUUGUGGACAAGCCUCAGAAGGCUGUGACUCUGCUGGAGCAUGUGGAGAGGAAGGAGACUCCGGGGCUCAAGCUCAUCAUCCUCAUGGAACCAUUUGAGGAUGCUCUGAAAGACAGAGGGCAGGAGUGCGGGGUGCUCAUCAAGUCCAUGCAGGCUGUGGAGGAGUGCGGCCAGCAGAAUCGUCAUGUUCCUGUGCCCCCAGAGCCCUGCGACCUCUCCAUUGUGUGUUUCACCAGCGGCACCACAGGGAACCCAAAAGGUGCGAUGCUCACCCAUGGGAACGUGGUGGCUGAUUUCUCAGGCUUUCUAAAAGUGACAGAGAGCCAGUGGGCUCCCACGUGUGCGGAUGUGCACAUUUCCUAUUUGCCUUUAGCACACAUGUUUGACCGAAUGGUGCAGUCUGUCGUCUACUGCCAUGGAGGACGCGUUGGCUUCUUCCAGGGAGAUAUCCGUCUCCUCUCAGAUGACAUGAAGGCUCUGUGCCCCACUAUCUUCCCUGUGGUACCACGCCUGCUGAACCGAAUGUAUGACAAGAUCUUCAGUCAGGCAGACACACCAUUAAAGCGCUGGCUUCUGGAGUUUGCUGCGAAGCGUAAACAGGCUGAAAUACGCUGUGGAAUCAUCAGGAACAACAGUAUCUGGGAUGAACUCUUCUUUAAUAAGAUUCAGGCCAGUCUUGGCGGGAGCGUGAGGAUGAUUGUUACUGGAGCAGCCCCCGCUUCUCCAGCAGUCCUGGGAUUCCUCCGAGCAGCUCUGGGAUGCCAGGUUUAUGAAGGUUACGGCCAAACUGAGUGUACGGCUGGAUGUACCUUUACCACACCCGGGGACUGGACCUCAGGACAUGUUGGGGCUCCCCUGCCCUGCAAUCAUAUCAAGCUGAUUGAUGUGGAGGAACUGAAUUAUUGGACCAGCAAAGGUGAAGGCGAGAUAUGUGUGAGAGGACCAAAUGUAUUCAAGGGUUACUUGAAAGAUCCAGAGAGGACAAAAGAGGCCUUAGACAGCGACGGCUGGCUUCACACUGGAGACAUUGGCAAGUGGCUGCCGGCAGGAACUCUUAAAAUUAUUGAUCGGAAAAAGCACAUAUUUAAACUCGCUCAGGGAGAGUAUGUGGCACCUGAGAAGAUUGAGAAUAUCUACAUCCGCUGUGAGCCUGUGGCACAAAUCUAUGUACAUGGGGAUAGCUUAAAGGCCUUUUUGGUGGGCAUUGUCGUGCCUGACCCAGAAGUCUUGCCUUCCUGGGCCCAAAAGAGAGGAUUUGAAGGGCCAUUUGGAGACCUUUGCACAAAUAAGGAGCUGAAGAAAGCCAUCUUGGAUGAUUUGGUGAGGUUAGGAAAAGAAGGUGGACUCCAUUCUUUUGAACAGGUUAAAGCCAUUCACAUCCACCGCGACAUGUUCUCAGUUCAAAAUGGCUUGCUGACACCAACACUAAAAGCUAAGAGACCUGAGCUGAGAGAAUACUUCAAAAAACAAAUAGAAGAGCUUUACUCAAUCUCCAUAUGAAGUUCAAGGAAAGUUCUUCUCAGUGUAAUGGACUGUGUAGCAAUAUUAUAGUUACUCCUGAAAGUAAUGAGUCAGCUUAAUGGUGCAGCUGAAAGUGAAUAAGUACAUGACCAUAUGACAGCCUUUUCCUGUCCCGAGAGGUCUUUAACAAUAUUUUCUCUAUCAUCACUGAGUACACUUUAUUUUUAUUAAAAUGGAUUGUAGUGAGCUGCUAAAAUAUUGCAAAUGGCAAUGUAAAAAUCAAGACUUUUCUCAAAAACUGUGUACCACUAAAAGUAAUAUAUUCUCAAUGUUCACAGAACUAUUAAACAUAAAGAAAAAGUAACUGAUAUAUUGUACUUAAUUAUUUGUGGAAUAAGUAACAGAUACAGCAAAUACAUAGACAAUAUGGACUACCUCAUUCAAUAACUGAUUGUCAAAUUGCAAUGAAUUCAGACUUAAAAAAUUAAAAACAGAUGUACAAAAUCAUGCUAAAACAAAACAUGAUAGCUCACUCUCUAGAAUUUGGAUUCUUUAAAUAUGACAAUCCUUAUUGAUGUGAAAGUUUUCGAAUUUUUACUUUCAUCCCUGAAAAAUAUAAGUUCAGAUGUUAUUAAAACAACUGUGAUGCUAACACAGCA